GGCGCCUCCGCCGGCGGUGGGUGGUGCCCGGCCGGGCCGCGGCUCCGGCCCCGCCGCCGCAGCGGCAUGGCGGGCGGGCGGGGGGCCAGCGCGCCCGCCGCCCUGCGGGUGCUGCUGGCGCUGCUGGCCGCCAGCCGGCCGGCUGUCGCAGUAUCAUUUUAUGGUGAUAGCUUUGUGGAGUUGAACAUGGCAGAAGCAUCCUCUCAGACAUCCUUACAGUUGCGCUUUCGAACAAGCAAGCCACAUGGACUGCUUUUUCUUGCAGCUGGGAAGAAGGAUUAUUGUUUAAUGGAACUACGCUCAGGAAAUUUACAGUUGAGAAUUAACUUUGGCAUGGGGGAACGAGUACUGCAUUCUCAGCAAAGAUCUCAGCUGAAUGAUUUAGCUUGGCACCUGGUUGAACUACGUCAUGAACAUGAUGAUGUCACAUUGGUAAUUGAUAAACAUGAUAGAACUAGUGCAAAAAUGCCUGGAAUUCUCUAUGAAUUAAAUAUUGAUUAUGGAUUCUACAUAGGUGGUACUAGUAAACUUGAUGUUCCCUACCUUGUUGGAGCACUACCUAGUUUCCGAGGAUGUAUUGAUGAUGUGUUGUUCAAUCAGCUAGACAUUCUGAUGCCUCUGAGACCUUCUCCUGGCUUUAAAAAUGUCCAUGAAGUUUUGGUGGGAUGCAGUGAUGAAUUCUUUGCAGAUGAAGAUGAACCCAUUAGUUUCUUCAGUUCCAGAUCCUAUGUUUCUUUCCCAUCAUGGAAUGUUGAUGAUGAGGGAAUCUUGGAGUAUAAAUUGCAAACCUCAGCUGCACGUGGCUUGCUGCUUUACCAUCCUGGGCAAGCGGGAGAUUUCAUUGCAAUGGAAAUGGAAGAUGGAUUAAUUAAAGCCUAUGUUGGAAACCAUAAAAGUAGAACACAGCUUUCCUCUUGUAGGUCAGUCAAUGAUAGUCAUUGGCACUACAUCAAACUGAAAUUUACUGCAGAAUAUUUGCAGCUGACAUUGGAUGAAGAAACUGUGAAAAAAUCAUUGCCUCUCCACAGUAAGCUGCCGCUUUUGAAGGGGUCUCUCUUUGUAGGUGGUAUAGAUGACAGCACACGGUCAGAAGUGAUUAAGUUAGAGCUAAUCUCGGUGUCUGGGAAGUAUGCUAGAGGAGGAUCCUUCAAAGGUUGCUUAAGAGACCUGAAAGCCAAUUCAGAAAAGAAAUCACUGAAGAAUGUUCUGGUGACAAAGGACAUAUCAGCUGGAUGUGAAACGAAGACUGCUUUUAAUACAAAUCUUUCUUUAGAGAUGGCUUUAAAGAGCCCUACUGUGAAAGCAGCCCCAACAUUUGCCAUUUCCCCUGAAAACUCUGUCUCUCUGGGCAAGGAAGACAAAAGCCACCUCUUAGUUCUAAGUAACUUGAUUGUGCCAGAGGGUGGACAAGCUUCACUUGAAUCUAAACAUAUUAAAGUCAACAUAGACUUUCAGAAAUUAGGGAUUCAUCAAUCACAAAUUCUUUUUGAAAUAAAGGAACCACCCUCUCAUGGAGACUUGAAACUAGAUGUUGAACCAGUGCAGGAGGUAAAUACAUUUACUAUGCAGGAUAUGUGGCAAGGGAAGAUUCUUUAUGUCCAUGAUGGCUCUGAGGACACUUACGAUUAUUUUAAUUUCUCCAUUUCUACCAGCAGUGAGAAGAUUGUACCUCCAUAUUUGCAAGGAAAUAAGCAGCAUGUGUUUCACAUUACUGUCACUCCAGUAAAUGAUGCGCCUGAGAUCACACUUCCCGAGGGAAACUUGCUUCUUCUCUUAGAGAACUCAAAGAAACGUUUGACUAAUGAUCUGAUAAAAGUUCUAGAUAAGGAUACAGAUCCUGUGGGUCUCAGUCUUUCAGUACUUGGAAAUCUGAAUGCAGAUGCAGGAUUUUUAGAAAAUUCAAAACAUCCUGGAAAAGCUAUUACUACUUUUUCUAAUGAGGACUUAAGAGAAGGCACUGUUUUCUUUGUCCACACAGGUGUCAAGAACUCAAGGAUUGUUCUGAGGGCAAGUGAUGGUGAGAAGGUGAGCAACACUGUUGUAUUACGUGUUAUGGCAGUUCCUUUGGAUUACAGAGUUGUCAAUAACUCAGGAAUAAAACUACACCAAGGUGUUACAGCUCUGAUCACACCUAGGCAUCUGGCAGUUGAAACAAAUGCUAACCUCCAGGAGCUGGAGAUACGGUAUGAGAUCACAGAGGCACCCCUGUUUGGGGAAGUACAAAGGCAGCAUUCAAGGGGGGAGUGGAAGCAAGUCAACUCUUUUUCUCAACGCUCUGUUCAGCGUAGCCGUGUGAGAUACUGUAGCACUUUCAAAGAAAUUCAGCUGGAAAAUGUUACUGACCAAUUUAAAUUCAAAGUUAGCAUAGGAAACAGAAUCAGUGAAGAGCAUGUGUUUCCAAUCAAAGUGAAAUGGUUAAGGUACAGUUUACUGAAACAUGCUCCUCUAGAAAUCGAGAAAACAAAAAGGAAGUACUUGAAUUCAGAUAAUCUUUUUGCUGUGAUUGUGGAUCUAGAAAUACCUGAAGAUGACCUUCAUUUUAAAUUGCUGUCCCUACCAAAGAAUGGACAGAUACUGCUUAAUGACCAGCCUUUGAAAAAAGAUUCAGUGUUUAGCCAGAAAGAUAUUACUGAUCAAAAAGUGGCAUAUGAAGUAAUCAGCAGAUACCAUGAAGACAACCGUGAUUCAUUUAGAUUCCUCAUUUCUACAAAGUAUGUGGAAUCAAAUUUAUAUGACUUUGAAGUCUACAUCAAAUCAGAUUUCAGAAACAUUAUUUUGACUAACAAUGGCCUUACUGUUACUGAAGGUGAAGGAGAGUUAAUAACAAGCACGAAAUUGUUUGUCCAAACACUGGAUAAUAAAACUUUCCAAUAUAAAGUUGCACAGUUUCCUAAGCAUGGGAAAUUAAAACUCAUUAAUUUUUCAGGCUCAUUCAAGAGUAAUGAUAAUCUCACCACUUUCACUAACAAAGAUAUAACUGAUAAGCGCCUUAUGUAUGUGCAUGAUGAUUCUGAGACAGUGUUUGAUGAAUUUGUUGUCAGAGCUUCCAGUGAAGAGUCAGGAAAGUUGGCAAACUUUGAUCCAGAAGUAGAACCUUUGUCAGUAGAAAUUAGAUUCAACAUUUCUGUCCAGCUGAAGAAUGAUGAGAAACCAGUACGUGUAAUUGAUAAGAUGUUUAACAUAGUGAGAAAUGGGCAGCGAUUAUUAACUUUGGCAGAUCUUUGCUAUCAUGAUCCUGAUUCUGAUUUUGAUGAUGGACAGUUGCUAUAUACUAGACGUGGCAUUUCCAAUGGGGACUUGGUGCUAACAAAUGAUACUUUGCACAGACUCUACCAAUUCAAACAAGUGGACCUGGAGCAAAAGCAAGUUCUGUUUAAACACCGCGGUGCAGAUUUUGGGCGUUUUGUGCUCUUUGUGACGGAUGGCAAGCACUAUACCUCUUUGCUUCUAGAAGUUAGUGCCACUGAUCCUUACGUGAGGUUGGCAAAUAAUACAGGCUUGUUGGUUCAAAAAGGGAAAGAGGAAACUGUUGCAACAGCUAACCUAAGUGCUAUUACAAACCAAGACAUAAGAAAUGAUCAUGAGCUUACAUAUGAGAUAUUCUCUUUCCCAAAAUAUGGAAGAAUAUAUGUAAAUAAUCUAUUGAUGGAUUCCUUUACUCAGUUUGAUCUGAUAAAGGGGUACGUGACCUACAGGCAUGAUGACAGCGACAACCUUAUUGACACAUUUAACUUUACAGUCCGUGCUAGAGAAGUCCAUCUGGAUGCUGGAGUGCAUGUUCGCAUAUAUUUGGAAGGUCAUCAGUGGCCACCAAGGAUUGUGAACAAAAACAAUCUCUUGGUUGAAGAAGGAAAACCAGUUAAAAUCAGUAAAAGAAAACUGCAGGUUGUUCAUGAAAACAGUUCUCCAUCUGAGAUAGUGUUCACAGUAAGACACCUUCCAUUACAUGGAUACAUUCGGAAGUUUUCAUCAGAAGAAAGUUAUCUCGGUGCUGACCAAAGGCCAGUUUUGAGCUUCACACAGCAAGAUGUUGACGAGGGCAAAGUUCAGUAUGUGCAGACAGUUUCUGACCAACUAGAUGACCAUUUUUCUCUGGAUGUGACCAAUGGUGUCCGAACAGUGAGUGGAAUAGACAUCUCUGUAGACAUCAUCCCCAGGAUGAUUCCACUGGAAGUACAGAACUUCACAGUAAUUGAAGGGGGCUCAAAAGCCCUAAAGGAAGACUAUCUAAAAAUUUCUGGUAGACACUUUGCAGGACUCAGCUGUGAAUUUAUUUUAACUGAGCAGCCAAAACAUGGGUUUGUUGAAGACUCUCGUGUUCCUGGAAUGAAGUUAACCACAUUUACCAGAAAACAGCUGGAACAAGAAUUAAUCUACUACGUUCACGAUGACAGCGAGGAACUGAUGGACAACUUUACUGUGAUAGUAAAUAACACGGAAUUGUGGAAACAAAGUUUGCCCCAAACUGUAUUUGUAACAGUUACUGCAGUAAAUGAUGAAGCUCCUGUUAUAAAAGUUAACAGAAUUCUUCGGGUCUGGGUGGGUUCAGUCACAGAAAUAACUAUUGAUGACCUCUGUGCGGAAGACAAGGACUCCUCACCAUCAGAACUGAUAUAUUCCAUUACUCCACCUAGCAAUGGGCACUUGGCUCUGAAGUCUUCUCCAAACAAGAGCAUCCUUAGUUUUACCCAGGCUCAUAUAAUUGAAGGACAGCUGGUAUUUGUACAUGAUGGAGCAAUGUCUGGAGGCUUCAGCUUUCAGGUAACAGAUGGUUUGAACUUUGCACCUCGGCAGAUUUUUAGCAUCACAGCUCGGAUGCUAGUCAUUAGCCUUGAAGUGAACAAAGGACUCGGAGUCUUUCCAGGUUCCAGAAAACCUAUUUCACGACAUGAUCUGAAAGCUGUAACCAAUGACGUGACCAAUGCAGGGAACAGAACUAUAACUUUUAUGAUUAUAACUUCCCCAAAACUUGGAAGGCUGAUAAGAAUAAAUUCUGAUAAUACCACUCAGGAAAUCCUCAGUUUUACACAGUCUAUGGUGGAUGAAGGUGUGGUCAUGUAUGAGCACUUACAUGACGAGUCAGUUGGCUGGAGUGCAGAAGAUUUCUUUACCUUUACUGUCUCCUCUCCACCAUCAGCUCUGGACCUACAGGUGUUCCAUAUUGUCAUUUCUUAUGAAAUUACCAGGCAUGAUCGGAACAGUCACCUUCUGGCAAAUACAGGUGCCAUAGUCCAGGAAGGAGGUAGAGUAUUAAUCAACAAAACAAAUUUAGAUGCUUCGAAUCUAUUGGUUAAGCUACCUGAGGUACAGCGCUCCAUGUAUGAAGUCUGGUAUCAAGUUGUAUCUUUACCCCAACAUGGCAUGAUUGUUGUUGGAGAAAGAAAUGUUACCAAAGAAAAGCCUAACUUCUCCCAAUACAUACUGAACAAAUUUGGAAUUGUGUACAUACAUGAUAAUUCUGAAUCGCUUAACGACAAUUUCACUUUUGCUGUUUGGUUAAACCUAAAGAGCAAGUCUGCAACAAAGCCCCAUAGCGAAGUUUUAGAGGAGAUGUUUAAUAUCACUGUUGUUCCAGUGAAUGACCAAGCUCCAGAAUUGAAGACUAAAAGGCUGCACUUGAAAGUCCUGCAGGGAGAUGUGUCAGUGCUGGGAUCAGAGAAUCUGAAAGUUGAAGACCUAGAUAAUCCCCCAGCCGAGCUCAAAUACACCAUUGUUAGCAACCCCAAUAAUGGUUAUUUAGCAAUGAAAAGCAAUCUCAGUGUCUCUAUAAAGGAUUUCACACAAGCUGAUGUUGACAGUGGUAAAGUUUGGUUUGUACAGGAUGGAAGUUCAUCUUCUGGGGUGUUUUAUUUCAGUGUGACUGAUGGUAAACAUCGCCCUUUAUACAAACUAUUCAGUCUUGAAGUCAUACCAAUCGCUCUUGUCCUGGUCAACCUUACCAAUGUUGCACUUCCACAGGGCCAGACAUCUGUCACUAUUACUAAUGUGCAGCUUUCAGCUGUCACAAAUGGAAAAAGCACUAAUAUUUUGUAUGAAAUAACUCAGCCGCUCAAAUAUGGGCAUCUGAUGAUUGGAAAUGAGCAGGUUACUAAAUUUGAGCAAGCAGAUUUGUACUCAGGAAGGCUGUCUUACCACCUGACAAAUCUCACUGCAUCCAAAGAAGUACUGGAGUUUACGCUCUUCACUGCAGAAGGCAAUCUAACAGGACAAGUGCUGAACAUCACAGUGAAGCCUUUAGUACAAGUUGUACCUGACAUGCAGAUUUCAAAUCAAGCAGCUUAUAAGUUCAGAAACAGUGACCUGGAUGCUUCUGAGCUAGCUAAUUUGACAAAUAGCAAUCCUAGAUUUGAAGUGAUAGUACCCCCGUCUCAUGGAAGGAUUGUGAAGAAAAGGUUCGUGAACGAUGCAGUGUUCGAAGAUAUUCAGACAUUCACGCAGGCUGACAUUGAUAGUGGUGUUGUGCUUCUAGACAUAGAUACCAAUAUGACAGGCAUUGAUCUGUUAAAUGACUCAUUCACAUUUAUACUCAGGGCAGAUGCUGUGCAGCCUGCUGUUGGCUAUUUUCAGUAUUCCAUUGUGCCAUACAGUCCUCCACUUGUGCAGGGUUUUACAACUGAAGUGCCUUCCAUAACCAGCAUGACCACCUUAAAAAUUCACACUACCUCAAAGGACGAGGCACCAGCCUCCUCUCAGAAUGAAGAGCCUACAGUAGCACCACAGAAGACUGAACCAACCCUGUGGCCAGGGCAGAAUCACUGGGGAAAUCUAUGUGAGGAAGGUCUGUUGCUAAAUCUGGCGAUGGGAACAAGUGGAUCUGCAGGGACUAAGACCACAACUCAGGUUAAUGCCAGGAGUCCCAGAGAACAGGGAGGUGAAAGCAGAAACCCUUGGUACAUCAUUAUCCCCCUGGUCCUAGUGUCUGUGCUACUUAUCAUUGCUGUUAUUUCUGUGUGUGUUUUGCUAAUGUGUCAGAAGAAAGAGAAGACAAAACCACUUGUCAAAAGUCAGACAGAUGCAGUCCUCAGUAGUCCGGAUUGGUGUCUGGAACGGAGCUUGACUGUACCCAGUGUUACAGUGACUCCUCUCCUGAAGGGGGUUGAGAGGAGUACAGCCUCAGCAUUCAUGGCAGUAAGACAUGAACAGCUGCUCCCCGCAGUGGUUUCUCCAACGGUAGAACAGUCUCUGCAAAACAGCUGGUUAAACCUCGAUCCUGAAAUGAUCCAGUAUUGUCGAAAGACAAACCCAACUUUGAAGCACAAUCAAUACUGGGUGUAGUUAUGGCCAGUUUUGGUCAUGCUAAUUGAGAUAGUACGGAAAAGAGAGUAUAUGUUGUUGAUAUGUAAUUUGUUCUUUAUUUAUAUUUAUUACAGGUCAAAUGAUGCACUGUUUGUUAGAUGAAAUCCAAAUACCUGUGAAAUAAUAAUAAUAAUAAAAUCUUACUGAUUACAAUGGCCAUAAAAUAAGAUUUCCGGUUUGUACUUUAGCAAAAUUUCCACUUAAUUCAGUGCAGAAUUUGGCCCCAUAGAUUUUGAGUGCACCCUGUGUAUGCAAUAUUUUUAUUUCUCGUGACAGGGGUAAAAUAGAAUGUUCUGUCAUGGAUUAUAUAUUUUUAAUAUAAUUACUUUUUUUGAAGAAUCAGGUUUGAUAUAAAGGUAUUCUUUCUAUUUGAAAGACUUUCAACUUUUUCUGUAAGUAGUUGCCAAGGUGCUAAUCUCCAUAAUGUCAUUUUGACCCAAAGGCUGUUCAGAGGCCAGUACUAAACAAAGCAAGCUGUGAUUAUUUUGGCAGGUGUUCAUCCGAGUAGCUGAACUGGAAAUCUAGAAUUCAACUUGGCAACAAUAAUACAGCAGUGACAGUAUAUAAGGAUUCUGGUAAAAUACUUUACUGCGAGAUGUUGUUUGUUCUUUUGUUUUUCUUUUUCAUCAUUUGAUACUGAACUCUAGCCUUUAAUGUCUGCAGACUGGUAAAAUGCAUCCAUGACCUCUAAUCCACAUGGCAAAAACUGUGUAUCUGCCAUUCAGCCUGUCUGCUGAAUUACCUGUAGGCUUAGGUUAUGUCUGGAAGUGCAAGCAUAUCAAAAUUUCCUGCUCCUGACAAAGGGCUAAAUUCUGCCUUCAGUGAUGCAAACACAACUCUCUCUAGAGUCUGCGCGUUCAAGCAGAUGGCAAUAGAAUUAAGUCCUCUGCUGCAUAAUGUCGUGUGUUGUGGAGCUACUGACAGAAACAAUCCUGCAAGGAAGUACAUAUCCCCUUCUGAAGUUUGACAAUUUACACUUCAUCUCCCAGAACACCGAACACAUGUGCCUUAAACACUAUGACAAGUGCUACCUACUCUAAGUUUGCUCUGGUAGUAAAAUGUGCAAUAAUUUCCCUGUCUUUUUUGGGAGUAUUUUUGUAUUUUUGGAAAUCCAAGCUCAAUAGUGACGUGCAGUCUCCAGUUAAGGUGCAAUCUUUCUUCUGCUGGGGACAACAGCAAAAUUCUUGUUGACUUUAGAGAACAAACUGAUUCAGGGGAAUGGUGCUGUGAUCAUAACCAGUCUCUUACUAACCACUGAACUUCUCAUCUAUUUUUGUACUUCUGUAUUGUUACAGUUUCCAGUGAGCUUCUCUGUAAAGCCACUGUGCUCAGUAUCAGGAUGAAGUCUCAGCACUGCACUCAGUUAACACUAGAAUAUCAUUUUUGAGUCUAGGUACUGCAGUUUUCGCUUUUAUAGAACAGAUGUGUGGGCCUCCACAUCCUUGGUGCUAUUCAUUUCACACUGUUUUGGAUCGGGUUUUUUUGUUGUUGAUUUUUAGCUGUGUUUCUGUCAUUUAUGUAUUUCAAUUAUGAGAAAUUUUCACCCUUGAGGAGGGCCAGACUAAGUCUCUGCUUACUGCUGUGUUCUGGGAAUUAAACAUGGGAGCAGUGGGGGCAGUCUUUCUCAUCUUUACCACCUCUGCCAUGGUCAGCCAUGAUUGUGGUGCAUUUUGAAGCAAUGCAUUUUUCAGAGCCUACUUCAAGGAGAGUAAUCCAUGUCAGUGGAAAAUACGCAAGCCACAUCUUCAGCUAGUCAGGUUAGUGGAGCACUAGAGACUAAAGAUAUGAACCCUUUAUAUGCUCAAACUAAAAUGUAUUUGAAACCUGAUGCACAGGUUUUAUUUCUCUGUCAUUACCAUUUUUACCUGAUGCCAGUGUGAGCAGGUUUGAAUUCAAGCAGUGCCAUCAGUGUAAAAGGCUGGGGUGUUCAGGUGUCCCAGGUGGACCGCUACAAACCUGCAUUGUAGACCUUUUCUGCUUUUCCAAAGAAAAUCUUUGGGACUGUUCUUAGAAGCUCUCAGCCAGAGGGGUGGUGCUGCCAGCCAUCACAGGGACAACCCAGCAUCCUUUGUGGAGGUGCAGCUGUAUCACUUCCUUUUGCCAUUUCCUGAGACCUCUUCUACUAAUGCCAAGCAGACAACAGCUUCCUCCAGAUCCCAGCUGUCAGCUACAGCCUGCCUGUGAUGCCUUCUAGCUGAUAGCAGGAACCUGAUCGCUUUACACCUCCUCCAAGGCCUCAGUCCAAGGAGGAGUAAAGAGUUAUAAUCCCAGCACUUCCCUGAUGCUUAAAGAAGCCCAUCUCACAUUUCUCUACCACUGAGACCUUCCUGUCAACAGCAAAAGAGGUGUCAUACUCCAGUACCCACCAGGAGACCAAGUGAUACACCUCGAAUUUGGUACCAAAAUAGUGCAGUGCUGAAAGCUCCUGGAGUCUGGUGACAGAAUCCACACUGUGGACCUGUGACAGGCUGAACAGAAAUACGAAAGUGAAGUGGGUGCUUAAUGAGAUUUUGCUAAAUGUAUUGUAAAGACAGGUGUGCCUAAAGUUGUGCUCAGUGUGCAGUGGAGGUAGAACACAGGGCUGCUGUAGUGCUGGCAAAGGUAAAAAAUGAGACCACAAUAUAAUAGCAACUGAGUCAAAAAAGCAGCAAUGCAAUUAGAAUUCCAGAAUUGAAUGGGCAUUCUUGAGUUUCGCAUUUGCAUGCUCUGAGCAAGAAAUGAUACACGAAAAAUACAGAAAAGGUGGUAGGAUUUGUGCUGGCUUUUUUUGUCUUCAGCAUAAUGGGCUGAAGUCUUUUUCUCUGUUUCCAGAAUGCUUUUGGCUGACGGCGGAUGUUAAUUUCAAAUGGAUCAGGCAUUAUGGAAUUGUAUUUUGAGCAUUGGGCUCAAUUUUUAAAGCAUUGAGGUUUGUUUUUUUGUUUGUUGUUUUUUUUUAAAUAAAACCAGCCUAAAUUCCUAAUUAAUCAGUGAAGUGUGCCAGCAUUCAGUUUUCUUGUUCAGUUGGUGCUAUGGUGAGACAACUGUGCCAAAAUACCUGCCAUAUUAUGGAAUGUUUUGACGAGAACUUUAUAUGGAUAUAAGUAUAUUGUAUCAAUGAUUACUGGGUUUCAUACAAAAUGCAGAGGUACUACUGUAACUGAUAACUACAUAUGGAUUUGCUUUAAUAUCCUACCCUGAAUCCCUAGUUAAAAAAAAAAAAAAAAAAAAAAUCUCAUUGCAUUAAUGUAAGCUUUCCCUGUGGACAACAGAACAGUCUUUGGCAGAGGACAGUUCAUCUUGUUCUUACAUAGAUAUUUAAUAUAGGUGAGAGGAGUCAACUCUGGAUGAGCUGAGGUCACUGGCUUGGCUAGAAGUCAAGCUUUGAGAUGGUAAAAACUCACUGGGAUGAAUCUCAUCAUGGGUUUCCUAAAUAACAGUCAAUCUAGAAAAUUCCCAAGAAAAACGUUUUGUACUUCUGGAUUCUUUUUAUGAUUCCAGGAGUGUACAUAGUUUAUGGUCAGGAUCUGGUUUGAAUUUUUUGGUUGUUUCAUUUAACCUUGAAGUUGUGUGUUUUAUUUAGUGAAGAUGGGGUUUAUGAAGGUUCACUUUCUUACGAAAUGGAGUUCUAAACUGCAGCAUGAAAGUACCUUGAAAACAUAUAUAAAACCAAUAAACUGUUUUGUUUAUAAUUCACACACUUAUGUUUUUGUGCUUUCUUUGAAGACCUGUAAAGUACUGCAGUUGGUGCAGAAACACAACAGGAUCCCAUUGCCACUAACAGCAUUCUUCCAAGUUUUCUGAUAUUUAUUUUUUAAAUUGCACAUGUGCUGAGAUCACUGUUGUGCAGUGCCCAGGGUUGUGCUUCUAACUUAAUGCAUGUGGCUGGAAAAAGAGAAGACGUCUCAUCAUGCAUCUACCUGGCCGUGUUCAGCACUUGUACAAAUGUAACGUCAGAAUAAAGGCAUUGAUUUGAACUUGC